AUGGCGGAGGCUGUGAUCGGGCAGCUGGUGGUAACGCUCGGCGCGGCGCUGGCGAAAGAGGCGGUGACCUUCAGCUGGGAUCUGCUAUGGAAGGAAGCCUCCGUCCUGAGGGGCCUCUUCGGCAAGAUCCGCGCGUCCAAGGUGGAGCUGGAGAGCAUGCAGGCCUACCUGCAGGAGGCGGAGCGAUUCAAGGACACCGACAAGACCACCGCAAUCUUCGUCGGCGAGAUCAGAGCCCUCGCCUUCCAAAUCGAGGAUGCCGUGGACGAGUUCACCUACAAGCUGGAGGAGGUUAAACACGCAGGAGGGUUUGCCGCCAAGAUCAAGAAGAGGCUCAAGCAUAUCAAGACCUGGCGCCGCCUGUCGGCCAAGUUCCAAGAAAUCGAAGGCAAGCUGCAGAAUGCCAAGAGGAGGAAGAAGGACUACGCCGUCAUUGCAGGAAUCGACAGAUCUGCUUCCGCCGCCAGAUCGAUGGAUCGAGGUCAAGCUCUGCAUUUCACCAGGAAGGAGGACCUUGUAGGCAUUGAGGAGAACAGGGACGUGCUAAUACGGUGGCUGACCGGCGGUGGCGUUGGUGAUGUUUUGGAGCAGAGGAGUAGCAAAGUCACCACAGUGUGGGGCAUGCCUGGUGUUGGCAAAACUACUCUGGUUGCUCAUGUGUACAGCACCGUGAAAUUGGAUUUCGACGCCGCGGCGUGGGUAACCGUAUCGGAGAGUUACCGGCUUGAUGACCUGCUGAAGAAGAUUGCCGCCGAGCUCGGCAUCGCAGUCGAUGUUGCAAACAUUGAGAUGAGGGUACUAGCAGAGUCCAUCCAUAACUACCUUCAAGGUAAAAAGUACAUUUUGGUCCUGGAUGACGUUUGGACUGCGCGAGUGUGGUCAGAGAUAAGGAAUGUCUUCCCAACAUCUGGUUGUACUGGCCAAUUUGUUAUCACAUCAAGGAAGCAUGAAGUGUCACUGUUGGCAACUAGGGAGGCUGCGAUUCAUUUGGAACCGCUGCAAGAACAUCACUCUUGGGUGUUGUUCUGCAAAGGGGCCUUUUGGAAUGAUGAUCACAAAGAGUGCCCGUUGGAGUUGCAGACAUUGGCUCGGAAGUUCAUAGCGAAGUGUCAAGGCUUGCCUAUUGCUCUUGCAUGCAUUGGCCGCCUACUCUCCUGCAAACCCCCAAUUUCAGCCGAAUGGGAGAAUGUGUACAGUGGUUUGGAUUCGCGGUUGGCGAAUGACGUGAUCCCUGAUGCUCAUAUGAUUCUAAAGGUCAGCUUGGAGGACCUUCCGUACGGUUUGAGGAAUUGUUUCUUGCACUGUGCACUGUUCCCAGAAGAUUAUGUAUUAAGGAGGAAGGCGGUAAUGAGGCAGUGGAUUUCCGCGGGGUUUAUCAGGGAAAAGGAGAACAGAACAUUGGAGGAAGUAGCAGAGGGAUACUUGGAUGAGCUUGUGAACCGAAGUCUACUGCAGGUAGUGGAAAGGAAUUAUGCUGGACGACUGAAACACUGUCGGAUGCAUGAUGUCAUACGCCUUCUUGCCCUCAAAAAGGCCAAGGAGGAAUGCUUUGGUGACGUUUAUAAUGGCUCUGCUACUGUGGCAUUCUCUGUAGGGGGUGCACGUCGCAUAUCAGUCCAGGGGGGAAACCUUGAGCAACUGAGGCGAUCUGGUGCAACACAUCUCCGUUCUCGUAUCAAAAUGCUGCCAAGGGAAGUGUUUGACUUGUUUAAUCUGCGUUAUUUGGGCCUUAGAGAUACCAAUAUCGAAAGCCUACCUGAAGCUGUGGGGAGGUUACAAAACUUGGAAGUCUUGGAUGCUUCCCACGCUAAGCUGACAUAUUUGCCAAACAGUGUUGUAAAACUUCAGAAGUUGAGAUACUUGUACGCAUAUGGUGUUCCUGGCGCAUUAGAUGCAUUAGAAAUUUUCAUGGUACGUGGAGUCAAGGUGCCUAAUGGCAUCCAACACUUGGCAGGACUGCAUGCUCUUGAUUGUGUCAAAGCCACUCCAGAUUUUCUGCGUGAAGUUACAGCUUUGACAGAGUUAAGAAAAUUCACAGUGUGCAAUGUGAGAAGUGAACACUCUGCUGACUUGAGCAAUGCUGUCACUAAAAUGAGCCAUCUUGUUCAUCUUGUAAUUGCCGCUGAAGCUGAGAGUGAGGUGCUGCAGCUGGAAGGGCUAUAUUUACCUCCAACCCUUUCUUGGCUUGGUUUAGCUGGGCAGCUAGACAAAACAUCAACGCCCCAGAUUUUCUCUUCUUGGUCACACCUUAGUGGUCUCACUCGCUUGCAACUGGCAUUCUCCAACAUUGAUGAGGGAACCUUUUCCUGUCUGUGCUUGUUACGUGGAUCAUUCCCUAAACUUCGAUUUCUACUCGUAGGGGGCGCGAAACAGCUCAACCGAAUCGGAAUAGAGGAAGGCGCGAUGCAAAAUCUGGUCGAGCUAUGGCUUGGAUUGUGCCCUGAGCUAGAGUUUCUUCCUGACGGCAUCGAACACCUUACAGCCCUUGAGAAAUUACUUCUGCAUGACACAUCAGAAGAGCUGGUAGAGAAGCUCCGGCGGCAGAGAGAUUCAGAUGAAUGCAGCGGAGAUGUAAUGAAGAUUAGCCACAUAAGGUAUGUUACAGUUGCACUGACUCAGAAAGGACUUCUGGAAAGGAUUAGGUGA